AUGGGUUUGAAUUGUCGGCUACCAAACUGUACUUCACGUUACACUCGCGAAAAAAUCGAAUCGAAGAGGCACUUUUUUAAAGUAACGUCGAACAAAUUGCACCCUUGGAAUGAGAAACUAAAAAGAAUUGGACAUUUAAAAUUAGGCGAUGUAAUAUGCGAUUUGCAUUUUGAAGAAAAAUACAUCUUGAAAAAUUUUAGUACAACCGUAAACGGUACGUUAAUCGAAAUCGAAAGAGGGAAAUGGAGUUUAACAGAAGACGCCAUUCCAUCCAAGCACCUCAGCGUUUCUGGUGAUAAAAAAAUUAAAGACCCCAAAAAGAACAAACCUAAAAAUAAAUUGAAAAAAAAUGAUUGCACCCAUUCAAAAGCAUCCAUGUCGUACACAACUGGCUCUCCAGAUUUGUUCACUAACAUUUCAUAA